UCCAGAUUCACUGACUAGGUUCUCGAAGGGAGUUAUUGGCCAGGGAAAGAAAAAAUAAAAUCUUACCCCGCUAUCCAGGAACCGACGCCGAUAUCGAACUUGCCGCAAUUCACCCCCUACACCUCCUCCAAAAGCCAACGCGACCAUUACGUGGAAAUGGCUGACCCCGUCCGUUUAACCGUCCUCAUCUCCGGCAACGGAUCUAACCUUCAGGCUGUAAUCGACAAAACCAGCGAAGGUCAACUCUCCACCCAGAUCGUCCGAGUCAUUUCCAACCGCAAGGAUGCUUUUGGCCUCGAGCGGGCUCGCAAGGCCAACAUCCCGACGCAAUACCACAACCUCGUGAAAUACAAGAAGCAGCACCCCGCCACUCCGGAGGGGAUCCUGGCCGCGCGGGAGGAGUAUGACGCCGAAUUGGCUCGGUUGGUGCUCGCCGACAAGCCGGAGAUGGUCGCUUGCCUGGGUUUCAUGCAUGUCCUCUCCCCCCGGUUCUUGGAGCCGUUAGAGGAGGCUAAGAUCAAGAUCAUCAAUUUGCAUCCUGCUCUGCCGGGUGCUUUCAAUGGAGCGAACGCGAUCGAACGUGCUCAUGCGGCUUGGUUAGAAGGAAAGAUUGAUAAGACGGGCGUCAUGAUGCAUAAGGUGAUCUCGGAGGUAGACAUGGGAACACCUAUUCUGGUGCGCGAGAUCCCUUUCGUCAAGGGAGAGGAUGAGGACCUUCAUAAGUUCGAGCAGAAGGUGCAUGAGAUCGAGUGGGGGGUGGUGAUCGAGGGAGUACAGCUUACGAUCCAGGAGAUCCAGGAUGAGAGGCAACAGAGGUGAUUUUUCGUCUGGAAUUCUAUGAUUUACGACUGUGGUCAGGAUACAAAGAUACCAAGGAUGAAUUUUUAAAG